AUGGAAUCUACUCGUACCAUCUCCGAGCUGAAGUCGUCCUUUAUCAGGGCACAAGUCCGAAUUCUAUCUGAAGGCCUCGAGCCAGCCGAGGACUGGCGAAACUACGCCGCUGAGACCGAAGAGGAUGAUCUCAGUGAUAAAGUGGUCGGUGAUGUCCUACAAAAGUUAAACGCCGCUUUGAAACAACACAGUCGCAUCGUCUAUUCCUCUCAAGCUGUUCAGCAUGUCGCUCAGCAAAUUACCAGCCUAUACUGGUCAUCGGUGACCCAGGCAAUCCCCAACCCGGGAUCUUUGUUAAAAGGAGUCGAGAGAUCAGUGGAUCUAUCCAGUCAUCUGAAUAUCGCACAACUCCCGUUGGAGCUGGAAAACCAAUCCGCGAGCGAAGCACAGCGGGCUAGAUACCAAGAACUACGGGAGCGUCUGACGGAUCUGGAUCGUUUACGGCAACAGCGACAACGGCGCCUAGAUCAAUUACGACAGUUGCAGCAAUUACUGGAGCCGUUCCGGGAACCGCAGAAAAACAUCCAGCCUAAUCUGGUGACGAGAGAUGGCGAGCUAGUCCAGGAGUUAGACAAGAUGAGGAUGCUGGUUGCGCGAGUUGGCGGUCGAGUCGAGCAGGGAAAGAAGAAACUGGGCGCUCAGGAGCAAGACAAGCCGUAUCUGGGAGUGCGGCAUUGCCGGCAAAGAGGUCGCACAGAUGCAUGGCAACCAUUGCAGCUGGAUAAUCAAUCAGGGGGUACCAAGCGAUUGACUGCGGCUGCAACGAUCAUAGCAAGUGCCAGUGACAGACCAGAAGGAGCGAGAAGAACGAGAGCCAAACGGUUGUUUGGGACUACAGAGUAG